GUUUGAAACUGAAAAAAUUAUUAGUUCUAUAUUGUAUUGUCAUGUAUAAAAUAGAUGGAUGUAAAACUAGGCCUACUAACUUAGUGAAUUAAAAAUAUUACUUUCUAAAUUACUUUUACUUCCGCUUUUCGACGUUUGUAGCAACGGGAGGCGCCAAUAUUUAUUCCUAAAAGUAGAGCUUAUUACUUAUUACUUAUUACAGUUUUAAAGACAUUCACAGAACUAAAAUGAUUUACUCUAAACUUACGGCAGCAGAAAAUGUUGGGAUAUUUUUGACCGAAAAUGAAACAGUGAAUCAGGAGUUUGAAUUCGUUAGGUCUGAAUGUUCAAUUGAAAGCAACGACAAAUUCGUGGUACGGGACCGAAACUUCAAUCGCCAAUACGCUCAUUUGUAUGCAGAGAGGCUGAUGACAAUGAGGAGUCGCCUAUCAGAGGCGGCAGUAAAAAAAUGGGGUAAAUGCUGUGCUAAUUUGUUUUUAAAAAAUCACAAUAUAGAUGGAGUAAUUUAAUUAUUGGUGAAAUGAGUACAGUAGGCAGGCAAAUUAUUAAUUAGCUGAAAUUUGGUGGGGUGUUGUAGUUGUAGUUUCAUGGUAGUGUUGCAACUUAUUAUUAAUAUUAUUAAUUUUAAUUUAUUUAAAAAAACAUUACUACACCAGUUGAGUAUAGUAUAACCAGUGAUUCUCACACCAUUAAAAUCAAGGAGUAAGCCUAACAAACAAAAAUUAAAAUAUAUCAAACACAAUUUUGAUUUUUUUUUUUUAGUCAUUUGAUUGAUUUAAUUUGAGUCAUUUAUGAUUAUUUUAUGAGUCAUUUACUUAGGAUUGGGGGGGGGGGGGUCCCUGACUCCAAUGUCUCUAAUAUCUCCAAUGUCUCCAAUGUCUCUAAUAUCUCCAAUGUCUCCAAUAUCUCCAAUAUCUCCAAGUUCCCUGAGAUUUGAGACAGUAUUGAUCUGCUUUUUAUUAGAUCUAAACAGAGGUUCAGAUGCAACUUAUGACUAUGUGCAUUCAUUUUGUAAAAUAUAAACAGGUACAACAUCAUUUACGGGAGUACAAAAAUAUUCAAAACCAGGUUCAAAUUAUGGGACAAUUAAAUUACUUUGCAGCUUCUACUUCUAGGUUGUGUUAAGUUGUUUGUCUAAAAGGACUUGAUGUUUUCCAUAUUAAAAGGAAAAUUUAAAUAAAAGCUUGUAAAUUGAGAUGUACCAACAAUGACAAUUUUUGAAACUUGGAAUUCUUGGAUUUAUUUUCAUUUCCAGGCAAAGGCAUUCCUCAACGUAAAUUACAUGGUCUUAACAGUGAUGAGCGCUGUAUAGUCAUAGGUACUUUGUUCAAACACAUGGAGUUGCAACCAAGUAUCUUGAAAGAAGUCAGCGAAGAGGUACAAAUAAUACAGUUAUUUAAUUUAUUUUUCUGGCUUUAUAUUAAGUAAAUCAAGUGAUAGUCAGUUUUUGACUAUUUUUUUAUUUGUUUUUAAAAUUAUUAUGCAAUCCUUUUAACCCAGAUUUCAAAUUAUUACCUUGAUAUCAGUCUAGGUAUCAAGGGAGUUAAGUCCAUACAAUUUUUUUGUAUAAAAUCACUUUAUUUCUUUGGGUGACAGUGAAUCAAAAUUUGUAGAAUGAACUGUGUAUAUCUAUAAGAGAAUGAACUGUAUAUGUCUAUAAGAGAAUGAACCUUGUAACAGUUUAUGUCUAUAAGAGAAUGAACCGUGUAUGUCUAUAAGAGAAUGAACCAUGUAUGUCCAUAAGAGAAUGAACCGUGUAUGUCUAUAAGAGAAUGAACCUUGUAACCGUGUAUGUCUAUAAAAGAAUGAACCGUGUAUGUCUAUAAGAGAAUGAACCAUGUAACUGUGUAUGUCUAUAAGUUUUCAUGCAUAAUUCUUUUUAUGAAGGGUAAAUAAGCAUAAGCAUUUAAAUUCUCACAACUAAUUUAUUGUCCUGACAGUAGCCCAUGUCGGGAUUUUGUAUUAAACCCAAUAUCAACUUAUUGAAAUCUGAAGCUAAAUCUAUUAAUAAAAAAUGACCAUUCCAGACUAUAUCAAAGACUCAUUGUUGUAAACAUCAAAUUUAUGUUGAUUACUUGAUUGCCUUCCUGAAUACAGUAUAUUGGUUAGUUUUUCACUUAUAUGAUUUAACUACUUGCUAUAUCAACCAAUGUAGCCACUCUUUCAGCCUCAUCUGCAUUGUUUCACCGGCCCUCCAUCUAUGAGAUUUAUAUUAGGACCAUAUCAUGGACAUAAAUAUGUUUUUAAAUGCAAAAAUGGCUUUGUAAAAAUGGUAAUUAAAUAAUGGUAAGUAAUAUUAUUUUUCUGCCUUGAUCCUGUGAUGUUGAUUUUUUUUUCCCUAAGAAAUGAAAACCAUUAUGUGCUGUUAUUUUUACACUUUCAUCAAUUCUUCCUUUAAAAAAAAACAAAAAAACAGCACAAUUUAAUGCCUCAGCCUAUUAAGAGUCGCUACACCGAUUCUAAGGACAAACUGAUUAUCGAGGAUGAGUUGCAGCGCAUCAUUUUGGUUGGACAACUAAAAUGUCAGUCUUCAGUAACAGGUAACAUUCAAGUUGCUUUACAAUAUCUACAAUUCUUUAAACCUUUUUUAAUAGGGAUUUUUAAUAGAGUAUUCUAUUAAUUCUGACAGGAUAUGACUUUAUGUAGCAAAUUAUUCAAAUUAAACAGUAAAAAUGAUGAAGUAUUUUAAUUAACUAUUUAAAGUAAAGUACCUGUGUGUUACCAUUCAAAGAGAGGUCCGCUGGGACGAGCAUAUUAACAAUGUAUGUAACCAAGCAAACAAGACCCUAGGGUUCUCAAGGCGAAAUCUAAAGAUUGGCAACUCCUGUGUGAAAGAAAGAGCAUAUUAAGCCUUUGUCCGUCCUAUUUUAGAUUAUGCAUCUUCAGUCUGGGACCCAUUUACCCAGAAGAGCAUUGACAGGUUGGAGACAGUCCAGCGACGAGCAGCACGCUUUGUCCUAAACCGCUACUGGAAUACCUCUAGUGUUAGCAGCAUGCUGGAAACACUAGGCUGGUCACCAUUGGAGAAACGACGAAGAUAAUCCAAGCUCUCCAUGAUGUACAAGAUAAAUAAUGGGCUGGUCCACUGUUCCAGUAUUAAACAGAAACUCGUCCCUCUCCCCCAUAGACAGCGACGAGGCCAUGACAGGCAAUUCAGGCUCAUACCAGCAAGAAGCCAAGAAGCCAGUAUAGGAGCUGCUCAUUCCUGCCCAAGACAAUCAGGGACUGGAACAAUCUUUCAAAAGGAACGGUUGAGGCGACAACACUAGACACAUUUGUGUCUAUUGCCUCAAGCCUUCAAACCCUUAGUGCAUGAUUCCCUCACAAAGUGGCACAGGAAAUCAGUGAAAUUUCCUCAUCAACACCAGGAACAGAAACAUUGCAAAUCCCAUCUACAUGCAUAGGAGCCAAAAUGAUCAAUAAAUUGAUCGUGGGCACUUAAGAUAUAGAAGAAGAAGAGCUAAGAUUCCUAAAUAUGACAGGUAUCAGUUUGGACAUAGAAAUAUAGAUUUUAAGAUUAACUUGAAAGAUAUCAGGAUGUUAAAAAAUUUAUAAUCAACGUAUCUUCUAAAAAAAUCUAUGACAAUAAAUUCAAUGAGGAAUAAAUAAUGAGGUAAACACCUUACUAUAAAUCCAUCACAUGGUUUUAACUUCAAAUAUGCAAUCUUACAUGACCAGAGAUGAACCUCAGCUCAUGAGGUUGUCCAAAUUAGUGCAAUCUUACAUGACCAGAGAUGAACCUGAGCUCAUGGGGUUGAUCAAACUUGUUGUCUGCAUAAAAUAUGCAUGUAACCACAGGUUGUCUACAUAAAUUAUGCAUGUAACCGCUGGUUGUCUGUAUAAAUUAUGCAUGUAACCGCUGGUUGUCUGUAUAAAAUAUGCAUGUAACCGCUGGUUGUCUGUAUAAAAUAUGCAUGUAACCGCUGUGGGCGCACUGCUGAUAUUCUGACUGGAUCAGAUCAGAUUGUGAAACAAAAUAAUUUGUUUAUCUUUAGGUCCUAACAUGAAGGAAAAGAGUUCACCUUAAUCGAGCUGAUCUUAGAUAUCUGUGAUGAAAAGGUUGGGAUGUGUCCUCCAAAGUUGUUUUCGUUUACAACAGCAUUUUUCUUCCAAUAGUUCUUCAAGCGAAGGUUGAUUAGUUUGUGUGAUAUUCCUAGCUUUCUUGAUUGGUAGACUUCAUCAGUGUUGGAUGUUAAACAAGGAAUUCCCACAAUAGUGUAACAAGUAAUACUCAAAGUUCAGUUGGCUUCCUAUUGUUGCACUGUAGAAUAAGUUAAUAAUUUGUUUAUUUACGCUGAAAGUGAAAGUCUUUGGUUGACUUUUUAGAAUUUGGCCAUGUUCAUGUUAUGUUAGCUUAUUAUUAAUGGCGACACCUACAUACUUAUAAGUCUCUAUUUGCUCUAUACUGUUUUUUUUUUAUUGUGAGAGCUGCAACAGGGUGAUUCCAUCGAAAUCAACAAUUUCUUUUGUUGUUUGAGACAUUCAACUAAAAAACUAAUGUAAGCUCUAGGGGUGGGAGUGUAUUUUGGAGAUUUUGUGUACUGGUCCCUUGGGUGUGGGGGUGUGUGGCAGAAAGUACAUACAUUUAAUAAUUAUCCUGAAAUUCUGACACUAUCUAAUAUAUCUGCCAACUGUCAACUAAAAAUCUCUGUAAUCCUUUAUAUUUCAUUAAAAAACAUAUUUUAAAAAGUUGUUCUCUUUAACUUUAAAUGACCUCAGUGUUUCGUAUUUACCGUCACACGGUUGCUUUGUAUUUACACUCGCUAUAUAUCACUAGAGUUUGCCGAGUCACACGGUUGCUUUGUAUUUACACUCGCUAUAUAUCACUAGAGUUUGCCUAGUCACACGGUUGCUUUGUAUUUACACUCGCUAUAUAUCACUAGAGUUAGCCUAGUCACAAUUUUUUGUCCAUUGUACAUGAUUCUGUGCCUGUGUUGUAUUUAUUUCGUUUGGCUAAACUAAACAGAUGCACUGGACGACGACAACACACAUUUGAAUGUGCAGUAUUUCACAACUUUUUAUUAGCCCAUGCCCCCAUGCCCCAACUGAUCACACAAAAUGUUUAUUGCCUCCACCCCUUUUGAAACAAAUAUAUUUCCUAUAUCCCAGAAUUGGGGGGGGGGGGGGGGGUCUGGCCCGGGUGUCACUUUUUUCUUUAUAUGGAGGGGCAGAUUUUUUUCAAUCAACUGCAUGGUUUUUGUGACAGUCAAUGGCUAAAAGAUUGACCUGCAGGAGGACGGGGUAGUACGAAGCCCAGUCAUGCCAAAGCUCUGGGAUACCGGGAUAGGAAAGGAAUUUGAGAGGGGGUAUGCCCAAAAAGGACGAUGCAUCAAGAAAACCACUGGAAAAAUUUUAUUAACCCAGUUUAUGUCAAUUUUGUUAUCUUGGAAACAAUUGUCUCACUUCUGAAAAUUGCAUUUUUUAAAAUGACAUCUGACCAGGUGUCAUUGCAGCAGUUUUAGGAAUGGAACCGGACGAUCAAAAAGGAAAGUUUUACGUUGAAGACUACUGCUUCCAGGAACUGCCGAGCCAGAUGCCCAGACCAAUGAUAGAUGAAGAGAAGUAAUAAAUGUUUUCACUGGAAAUGUUGCACUCUUAUAAAAUCUCCUAAGUAUAUUUACCCGUACUUUCUAAAUAAAACUAGGUUAAGUUCAAGGUCAUUUGUGUCCUAAAUACAAACACUGAGCAUUAAACAUGAGCCACUUAGCUUUCUUUUUAAAAAAGGUGGAACAAAAACAGCAACUAAAAUCUACUGCUCCUGUUUGUUUGUGUUCUGCUGGUGUUUGUGUUCUGCUGGUGUUUGGUUAAAUAAUUAUGUCUUAAAUAUGAACCACUUAACUUUCUUUAGUGUCCUAAACACAAACACUGAGCAUUAAAAUAUGAACCACCACUUAACUUUCUUUUUUUUUUGUUCCGGUCUGUGUCUCCCUUUCAUCCAUAAUUAUCAUUAUCUUUCUCAGCAUUUGUUCCGGUCUGUGUCUCCCUUUCAUAAAUAACCACUGGUCUUAUAAAAAGUUUCCAUUUCACUUAAAAAUUAUGAUUUAGGCGGAAGAUUAUAAACAUAGGUGAUAUUGUGAGGCAAUAGAGCACAACAGUGAUGUCAUUGUCCAUUUGUAUCUUGUUCUUAGUGUAAUACUUUUAAAAUAAUUUUAAAAAAUUAUGUAUCUCAUUCCACAGAUUUAUUCUGUUUGUAAGUAGUUUUGAGUUUGGAGGUCAGGAGGAAAGGUCUUUUCAAAUGCAAAUGUUAGCUGACCUCGUUAGUGGACAACUUGGAGAUCCUGACCAGUUAAAGGCAUCCUCUGCUAUAUGUCAUGUGAUCAUUGCUGGCAACUGUCUCAGUCGAUCGACACAAGACAGAGAUUCUUUAAGUAAAGUAUGUUUAAAGACCAUCAUGAAAAGAUUUCUUAAUUCUCUAAUAAUUACAUAUAAACUCUUUAUGCAUGUAAAUACUUUGCGAACCGGUACAUUUUGAUGAAUUUGUAUGAAUUAAUAGACUGCACUUUAAUGAUGUUGAAAGUGGAAGGGUAUUUGGUGGCUUUUGUUUCAACAGUACAAUGUUGACAAAGUGCAAUAUUGACACAGUACAAUAUUGAUGUUAUACAAUUCUAACUUACAGAUGGCUAUUUGUUAUCUAUCCACUCUUGGCCAUAGUUUAUUAUCCAAAAAGUACAGGAAAUAGUAAUCCUUAAAAGAAAAAUGCCAGAAGAUGACUUUUAUGGUCUCCAUUGGUUUACCAAUGAACAGUUUUUACUUGAAGAAAAAUGGGCAACUUGGCAUAGCAUUUUGCUUCAUUUUACUGAUUUUACUGUUCUUAAGUUAACUUUUUUUUAAAAUCUCUCUAAACCUUGAAUUGGCUACUUAAUUUUAUUUUUGUUUACAAACAGGCAAAAUAUUUAUCCAAAAAGUCAUCCGCUGGAAGUGUAGAUGCCAUCCGAUCUCUGGAUAGUUUUCUUAUGGAACUUGUGGUAAGUCACUGUGCCGUCCUAUCUCUGGAUAGUUUUCUUAUGGAACUUGUGGUAAGUCACUGUGCCGUCCUAUCUCUGGAUAGUUUUCUUAUGGAACUUGUGGUAAGUCACUGUGCUGUCCUAUCUCUGGAUAGUUUUCUUAUGGAACUUGUGGUAAGUCACUGUGCCGUCCUAUCUCUGGAUAGUUUACAAAAGGUUCAAAACUCAGCCGCUAGGCUAAUCCUAAAGGCAAGAAAACGUGAUCACGUCACACCACUACUUCAUUCACUUCAUUGGCUCCCUAUACAAGCACCUAUUGACUACAAACUCUCUGUUCUCUGCCACAACUUUUUCUCGAAUUCCUCCCCUUCCUAUCUAAUUGAACUUCUCUCUGUCUAUUCACCCUUUUGACAGUGUCACUUCUCCGCAGACGCGCAUAUUCUUUCUGUCCCCAAGACUCGCACAAAAGCAUACGGUGAGCGAUCAUUCUCUUUCUGUGCACCCAAACAAUGGAAUUCUCUUCCAUUACACAUCCGCAAUAUACCGACCAUCACAACCUUCAAAACUGCACUCAAAACACAUCUAUUUAAUCUCUACUAUCCUGACUGACUCCCACCUCUGACCCUAAAAUGAUGCUGCUGGGUGUCGUCCACGGCUUGACAUGUCAAUAGUUUUAUAUAUGCAUUUGUUUUGUUUUAUUUAAUUAAUGUAUGUCAAUUAAUUAUUUCAGAUUUUUAUUAUGUUUGUUAAAUUGUAUGUACAGCGUGGUGAGCCCAGCCCUAGGCUGGGGUACCACGCUAUAUAAAACCAUGUAUAAUAAUAAUAAUAGUUUAGACAAGUGUUGAUGUCACAGUGGUGCCUUAAUUUGUUUUUUCAGACAAGUGUUGAUGUCACAGUGGUGCCUUAAUUUGUUUUUUCAGACAAGUGUUGAUGUCACAGUGGUGCCUUAAUUUGUUUUUUCAGACAAGUGUUGAUGUCACAGUGAUGCCAGGUGAAUACGACCCUUCAAAUUUCACACUACCACAGCAACCACUUCACCCCUGCAUGUUGCCUCAGUCAUCACGAUACAACACGCUCCAUUGUCAAACUAAUCCCUGUGAGCUCACUGUAGAAGGGAUAAGGUCAGUGCUGGCUUUAGGCGCGGUCACGCCCUAAGGCUAUGUAAAACGUAGAGGUUUCUCGUUACAAAAUUUAUAUGGAAGCUAUCACAAAAAUUGAAAGCAUUGUAAAAAGUAUGCUUUUUUCAUUAUUUAAAAGUGAAAGAGAACUAGAAUAUUUAAACUGAAAACUGUAAUAAAAUUUUUUAAUAUACAUUUGUUAGGCCAGUGGUUCUCAACCUGCCUAAUGUUGUGACCCCAGACCUGUUUACUCUUACGAUUUUGGCGUACAAUGUAUGAUUUUGAGGUGUAAACAUUAUAUAUACUGUAUGUUUAUUUUUUACUAUAAUUAUAAGGUACUGAACAAUUAUGUGAUGAUAUUGUACGAUUUUAAGAGUUUGAGAGUAAAUAGGUCUGUGACCCUCUAAUACAGUUCCUCAUGUUGUGGUGACCCCAACAAUAAAAUUAUUUUGUUGCUAAAUGCUCCUUCAUAAAUAUGUUUUCCGAUGGUCUUAGGCGACCCCUGUGUAAGGGUAGUUUGACCACAAAAGUGGUCGCGACCCACAGGUUGAGAACUGCUGCAUUAGGCAAUUAUACAUUUAUCAUUGGUUACCCUAACCUAAAUUCUGGAGUAUAAAUGUUAAGGCCCUAGUCUGUAUUAUUUUAGCCUAUAUGAACACUGCAUAUAGCUCAGAGAGUAAAAAACUCCCUCUAUAGGCGUAUACAAGACAACAAGAUCAACAAUAAACAACCCCAGACCAACACACCACCAUCUUCCCUCUAUAGACGUAUACAUGACAACAAGACCAACAACCCCAGACCAACACACCACCAUCUUCCCUCUAUAGACGUAUACAUGACAACAAGAUCAACAACCCCAGACCAACACACCACCAUCUUCCCUCUAUAGACGUAUACAUGACAACAAGACCAACACACCACCAUCUUCCCUCUAUAGAUGUAAACAUGACAACAAGACCAACACACCACCAUCUUCCCCUCAUUUUAGUGGGUCCCCUCAAAUUUCAAUAAUUAUAUUUUAAUUAGUUUUUAUAUAGUGCAGAGUUUACAAUUUAUAGUAAUCAUUUAUUACAAUUGUUUUUGCUAUAUUUAAGACAUUUAACGAUUGUAAAAUUAAUUAAUUUCUUUGAAAAUCCUAUAGGAUUCUGGGAUCAUCAGGACAACCUAUAGAUGACAUUUUACGCUACAGUGAAAUUGAUAGUUCACUAGAAGCUUUAGAAAACACCCUUGUUUGGGGCCAUCUGGCUCCCACAGCCCCUGAUACAUUAGGUCAGUUUUGUUGAUAUUUCACUAGAAGCUUUAGAGAACACCCUUGUUUGGGGACAUUUGGCUCCCACAGCCCCUGAUACAUUAGGUCAGUUUUAUUUAAAGUUAUUUAUUAUUUCUGACAAAUUUCAAGAUGUCAUAUGAGAAGGAGCAGUACUGUACUCCAAAUUUUAGGGGAAACUACCAAAUUGUUCUAUUCAUCAGAAGGCCAUCCUGGGAGACAUUGUUUAAUUGGCUAUGCCACUUUACCGAGAUAUUUUAAUAAAAGAAAAACAUGCUUAAGAUAAUUUUUUUCUUUGCAAUUUAUGCUAGCUUAUCAAUGAAUUUUUUUACUGUAAAAUUGCUUCUUUGAUCUAGCUUUUACUUACUCCAGUUUUUCUAACUAUUAUUUUGACAAUUUUUGUAUUGUUCCACUUUGAAUGGGUCCUAUUGUUAAGUUCAUGUUGUAUUAUUUCCUGUGUCCUUUUCAUUAAAUAUUGCCGCCCACCAAUGCCUGAUUUAUCACAAAUAAGUUUAUUUGUGCUUCAGUUUACUAAGAAAUGUAUUUUAAGUCAGACAAGAGAUAGACAAAUAUCACAAUAGUUUAGUGGGUUUUUUUUUUCCAUUUCAAUUUCACUUUGUGCAUUGACAAUUGAUAAAUAAUGCUUUACAUCAUUUAGUGGUACAGCUAUUAACAAAAUUUUUAUACUAAUUUAGUAUUAAGUGUAAGGACAUGCAUAAGGUUUUCUCACUAUCAAAGUGGCCAGUGAAGCAUUUCGGGGUAAGCCAACCUUGGUCUAAGUGAGCUUGAGAUGGUAGUACCGAUCUGUUUGAGGGUGGGAGAGUUAGGUACAGGAUGUGGUUGAAUGGGUAAGAGCAAAGGGAAAGUGGAGGUGCUUUGCUGCUCAAACAGGUAAUCUUAAUCAAUGUAACAAUAAGAUUAGAUCGAUACUAAAUUAAUGGUUUAUACAAAUCCUUAUAAUUGCAGGUUGCUAUCCCUUUGUGAAAGAUGACCCUUUUAUAGUAUCAGAAUGCCCACAUAUUUAUUUUGCUGGCUGUCAGAAAGAGUUCAGCAGAAAAGUUUACAAAGGUAUAUAUAAUUAAUAUAAGUUAGAAAGCUGUUCGCAAGAUUUUUUUUUAAAAAAACGUAUAUUUUUUAAAAUAAUUUUUUUUGCACCAUUGUUCGGUAAUAUGUCCGCAGCCUGAGUUGAAUAGGCACCAUAUAAUAUCAUAGAUAUGUUUUAUUUACACAGGGCCUUCCCAUCAGGAAGUUCUUUUGCUCACCAUCCCAAAGUUUUGUCAAACUGGAGAAGCUGUUCUAGUAAGUCUCAAGACUUUAGAAGCUCAACCUAUCAGUUUCCAUGGUCACUUCCCCAUCCCUGAUGAACAGAUGGAUACAGGAUUGGACAAGUGAUGAACAGAUGGAUACAGGAUUUGGACAAAUGAUGAACGUAUGGAUAUAGGAUUGAACAAGUGAUCCUAUAAUUGUUUGUAAUGCAAUGUCUUGUGGCCCAUUUAUGUAACUAAUAAAGAUUAUAAAUAUAAAUGUUACUUACUUUCCCUUAUGUUAUGUUACUUUCAUUUAACUGAGGUACAUAUGCUGUUUCUGAGGUACAUAUGCUGUUUCUGAGGUACAUAUGCUGUUUCUGGGGUACAUAUGCUGUUUUUAAUUUUGGAAAUAAUAUUUACUUUUUUAAAAAUACAUAGCUGUUACAUGGAUUUAGAGUGAAG